AUGACCAUGGUAGUUGAUCGAAUGAAGAUUGGAUUCAUGGUAGGAGGUGGUGAAGCCGGAAGUGUCCACGACAGACAUUUGUUGCCGCCAACAAAAAUUACAGACAACAACAACAUGUCUCAACAACAACAACAACAACAACAUAGACAUUUCAACACAAUUAAAGUACCAUCACUUAAUAUCCACAACAACACCAGUAGCAGCAACAGCAAUCCUUCAUCCUUAACAACUACACCUACGAUUGGUAGUACAUCAACAACAUCCUCUCCCUCCAUCUACUCCCUGUCAUCACUGUCAUCAUUAUCAUCAUUAUCAUCCAUCAACAACAACAACAACAACAACAACAAACCAACUCAGAGUUCAAUAAUAGACUCAAGUUACCAACAACAGUUUUCCUCUCCAUCUUCCGCUUCUUCCUCCCCCGCACCUACACCAUCUCUCCUCAACCUCAAUCCACUGCACAACAUAAUCUCAUUCAAGAGCUAUGACAAUGUCAACAACAACAAUAGACAAGCAUCAUCCAACCCAUUUACACACAACAACAACAAUGAACACAACGGCUUUCUGCCUGCACGCAUGACAAAGUCUGACUCAAUCGAGGAGGACUUAUACAAGAAGAGACCCUUCCAAUACAAUGGCAAUGGUAGCAACUACUCCUACAAUACAACAACCAACAACAACAACAACAACAACAGACAGUUCUCCCCUUCAAAUUCACCAAAGCAUGAUUCCCUUCGUACUACACCAUCGGGCUCCUCAUUGAACACUUCUCCCUUCUUGUCGCCACAGUCGUCAGAGAUGAUGUUCAUGAACAACAACUACGAUGAUUACCCUUCGUCGCCAUCGGGCUCUGAAUCACCACGCUCUGGAGACGAGUUUGGAAACAAUGUCCGCUCGCUUGCCUGCGACAGACAUAGCAAGUGGAAGAAGAAGUGUCCAGACACCUGCAGCGAUCGCACCUCACCUGUUGAGUUCCACCCACCAACUCGCAAGUUGUGGUCGCAGGAAGAGUGCUGUCAGCUCCUGGAGAUGGUCUUCCAACAGGACCCGCACUCGGUCAGUCCACGCGAGAGCGAGCUGCGAUGGAGAGCAAUCUCCAACUCUCUGGGGCGCACGGUGACCUCCACUCGCAAGAAGUACAUGCGUCUGGUGAACAAGUGGUCCCCAAGACCAAUGACGUCGUCUGUCCAUCCCAUAUCCAAGUUGAUCGAGAACAAUGAGAAGAAGCGCAGGGCCGAGAAUGCCGACCUGCCCAUUCCCUCCUACGCACCCCCACCAAUGAAGGAGCAGAAGCUGGUGCACCCAACUCCCAUACAGCCUGCAGCACAGUUGCCAUCUACCGGUACCUCAUCCUACGGUAUUGGCGGCCAUCAUGGCAAUUACAGCAUCAACAACUCAAUCGACAUGACCAUGUCCAACUAUCUCAACCAACAUCACCAUUUGCCCUUCCCUUCCUACGCUGCCAAGAAGGCGGACCAGCAAGCCAACUCAUCUGCCUCCAACCUUUUGUUGAACAUGAACAGCAACAACAACAACAACAACAAACUUGGCCACAAUGAUCAUCCAAAUAACCCAUUCAAGUCAUUGGGAGAGGGAUCUAUCGCAUCGCCAGCGCCACGUCGCGUCAAGAAGCCGAUUGGACGCCCACCCGAGGCCUGCGAGCAACAUCGCAGCGAGCACCAAAAGUGCCCCAAGGGAUGUCCAUUCCGUCCCAACUUGGCAGCCGGCAUCAUCAGCAAG